CAGACUGUUCUCUGGGGAUACUAAACCUUCUCAGUCACUGGGCUCAGGUUAGUGUGAAAGAAGGACUGUAGGAGAUCUGAUUCUGGUUAGCUGUGGGUAAAUAUUAUGCGAAAGAUGUUAGCCAUCAUUUCUAACGUUCUGAGGGGCAGUGCCAGCAGGAACGGCGCAAGAGUGGUGGUCUCUGCCAGGACAUAUGCAGACUUUACCCCUCAGGCCUCCUUUGAUAUUAAAAAAUGUGACCUAUACAAGCUGGAGGAGGGCCCUCCACUGCAGGCUGUGCUCACAAGAGAGGAGGGGCUUCAGUACUAUCGCACGAUGCAGAUCAUUAGACGAAUGGAGCUCAAAUCUGAUAUACUCUACAAGCAGAGGGCCAUCAGGGGCUUCUGUCACCUUUAUGAUGGAGAGGAAGCAUGUGCAGUUGGUAUUGAGGCUGCUAUCAAACGAUCAGAUCAUCUAAUCACAUCCUAUCGUUCCCAUGGGUAUACUUACACUAGAGGGGGCACCGUUCGUGAGAUCAUGGCAGAGCUCACUGGUCGUAGAGGAGGCAUUGCCAAAGGAAAGGGAGGGUCUAUGCAUAUGUACACUAAAAAUUUUUACGGAGGAAAUGGAAUUGUGGGAGCUCAGGUGCCUCUUGGGGCAGGUGUAGCGUUUUCCUGCAAAUACCUGGGCACCAAGGAUCUGUGUGUCUGUAUCUAUGGAGAUGGUGCUGCAAAUCAGGGUCAGAUCUUUGAAACAUAUAAUAUGGCAUCUCUGUGGAAGCUGCCCUGCAUUUUCGUUUGCGAGAAUAACAAAUAUGCCAUGGGUACUUCUAUUGAGAGAGGGGCAUCUAGUACUGACUACUACAAGAGAGGCGAAUUCAUCCCUGGAUUAAGAGUGGAUGGCAUGGAUGUCCUUUGUGUAAGGGAGGCCACCAAAUUUGCUGCUGAACACUGCAGAUCAGGAAAAGGUCCUAUUUUGAUGGAGCUGCAGACCUAUCGUUUCCAUGGACACAGUAUGACAGACCCAGGAGUAAGCUAUCGCACACGUGAGGAGGUCCAUGACAUGCGCAGUAAGAGCGACCCCAUCACGUUGCUAAAGGAUCGCAUGGUGAGCAACAACAUGGUCAGCGUGGAAGAGCUUAAGGAGAUUGAUGUGGAGGUAAAGAAGGAGGUUGAAGAUGCUGCUGAGUUUGCCACCACAGACCCUGAGCCUCCACUGGAGGAACUUUGCAACAACAUCUUCUACAAUGAACCUCCUAUGGAAGUGCGUGGCACCAGCCCCUGGAUCAAGUUCAAGUCCGUCAGCUAAAUCGCCGCCUUUAUCGUCCAAAGUCCCCUCCCCUUCCUACCAGUACACCCUCUCCUGUAGAAUGAUCACUUCUGAUGUGGCUAUAGGUUUCAUAGUCAGUUAUUGGGAAACAGAGCCAAAUCUCUCAGCCACACUGAGAUAAGUUGCCUCAUUUCACAUGUUAAUGUUAUCAUUGCCUUUUUUUGUUGUCUUCAAUUACAACACUGACCCUCAAUAUAAAUUUUAAAAUGUA